CAUGGGAGGAAAGGGGGGUCUAAUAUCCAUUUUGAUUGCAUCACCUGUCAGCAGCGUCCAAUCAGCGUCCACUUUGGAGGCAUUAAUUGAUGAAGGUGUGUCCGCGCUCGCUCACUCUCUCUCCCUGUCAGUGUGUUUGGUGGAUGAACCAGCAGCAGCUGCAUUUUUGGGGGGGCUUUUUUAUUCCCCUCUCUCUCUCUCUCUCUCUCUCUCUCUCUCUCUCUCUCUCUCUCUCUCUCUCUCUCUCCUCACUCUGGCCGUUCACCUUCCUUCCUUUUUUCCUUCCUUCCUCCCUCUCCUUGUGCAGUGAGCAGUGAGUGAGUGCAGGUAUAAGAGCCUGCAGCCUUGUGUUUUCUCCUUUUUGUGUGUGUGUGUGUGUGCGUGCGUGCGUCCACCAUCAUGCUGCGCUCAGACCGGUGGACCCAUCCCCUCGAGCCCAUCCAGGACCCGUUUUUGGUGGCCCUUGCAAACUUUUGCGCAUGGACCGGGCCAGUCAGCAGACGCGUGGAUGCCAUGAAGUUGAAAACCAACAACUAACAAACAAACAAGCCGACCAGCAAACCAUGCCGUUUCGAUUUUCAAUGGACACACACCCACGUGGGGCUCGGUGCCGGACCGAACGGCGUGAGGAGGAGGGCCAACAGCAGCAGUGAUGGGAGACGUGGAGUUUGGCUUUGAGGAGAUGCAGGGGGUGAGGCUGGGCUAUUUGGUCAUCCAGGGCAAGCAGAUGUUCGCGCUGUCCCAGGUAUUUACAGACCUGCUAAAGAACAUCCCCCGCACCACCGUGCACAAACGCAUGGACCACCUGAACGUGCAAAAGCACCGGUGUGACCUGCGCCAGCUGCGCAAGCUCAAAGCCCUUAACUCGGUUGCCUUCCACGCCGCCAAGUGCACACUCAUCUCACGCGAGGACGUGGAGGCCUUAUACGUGUCCUGCAAGACAGAGAGAGUAGGCGGCGGCAAGUGGAAGGCGAGGGAGCGCGAGGAGGAGCCCGUGCAGAAGCCGGUGUGGCCCUGCUGGGGCUCAGCGGAGCGCGCGCUGCCUCGCCUUUACGGUGCGACAUUCAGCCACCACCACAACGGGCUGUGCAGCAGGGUGGGUAAAAGGGCGCCCAAAACAAAACGGCGGCACCGGGAGGAUCGCUGCUGGGGCAGGGAAGCACGCCAGCUCGUGCUACUGCCCGGCUGCUGUGCGCCCGAGAGCUGUUGCAGCAGCAGCGACAGCGAGUCCACGUCCAGCAACAACGACUCGGACUUCGGCUCCAGCCUGUCCACCAGCAGCACCAGCGGCACCAGUACCAGUACCAACUCAGGCACGUCGGACGAGGAGGAUGAAGACGAGGAAGAAGACGAGGAAGAGUGCAUCUCGUGCUCGUCCGAUGACAACAGUAGUGACGAGGAGGACAGCUCGGACUCGAGCUCGGCCAGCAGUCACGUCUCCUCGCAGAGCAUCCGUUUUAGGCGCGCGCGCCUCGCAAAGGCGCCCCUGCUUCUGCAGCCAACCUUCCGUUACCGGGAGAGCGAGCGGCCCAAGGCGCCGCGGCAGCUGGACGUGGACGUGGCGAGCUGGAGGAGAGCGGUGGGCGCAUGCCUCGCGGGUAGGACCUCGCACGCCCCCCCGCUCCACCUCCAUUUCGCACACCAGCUGCCAAAGACCACCGAGACGGCCAGAAGCGGCGCAGGAGUUGGGACCGUAGGCUUCCCCUACGGCGCGCCGCGCGCCAACGGAACGUCGUUUCUUGGACUCUCCAGCAAAUUUCACUCGGCCUUCAUCCCCAGCCCUGACCACAUACAGAACAAAGACAAUGCACUCCCUCACAAGACCGAGCACGCGCCCUUUACGCUCACGGAUACCAAACUACCCAGCAGCCCGACCCCCAAGCUCACCGCAAAGGAAAUCAAGACAGAAGGCAAAGAGUCUUCGGCCUUGGCCUCCGACCACGACAGAGGCGCGUUUCAGUUCAACCAUGUCAAAAUCAAAGUGGAGGACCCUCUAGACGACUACGAGUACACCAGCCAAUGCCUUUCUCCACUCAGUAAGACCAACGGGGUUGACGGCUCGUGCAGCAAAGACGAUUUUGUGGAAAAGGAGCUGUGUAAAGACGCCAGCAAAACAACUCCCCCUCCUCCUCUUCCUCCUCCUCUGAACCAGGAACCGAGCAGCACGUUAGACAUUCACUGUGCUGAGAACGGAGAGUACAAGAAUGGUGAAAGGGUCAGGAGAAGCCAUCGGGUUCCCAUGUGGGGGAGGAAGGCGGCCAAACCGAGUUCCACAGCGGACAGAAGUCCUCGGUGUGCUGACCACGAAAGAUCCGAAGAGGAGUGGGCGAGUCAAAGCAAGCGCAGGAGGGCCACGGGCGGCCAAACUCCGUGUCUGAAGAGGCCCUUUAACUUCAUGGCGAAUUUCCCCUCUCCGCCGUCUCUUGUCGUGGGAAGUGACGGUGACCUGAGCCCAGCUUACUCUCUCAACUCUUUCAGGAACAAGCAGUUGCCCCACCACUCGCACCCCGUGUGGACAUGGCAGCUCGGUGCUUGCGUUGUACCUCCCCCUCUAAACCAGAGACUCAGGAAAACAAUCUCUUGAAACGGUGCUUGUGGAGGGAGAGACACAACAUUAAAAACACUGCCAGGCACUGAUAAAACGUUUGCAGUUUGUACGUUUAGAUUGUUUGGAGUGACCAACAUAUGUCUGUGCUGCCUAGUCACGGAAUUAAUCUAUUCAAUAACCUCAUCACAUCAAGCAACGCUGGAUUGUUUUUGUUUUGUUGGACCUGUUGGAAUUCCAACGCGCGUGAAAUUGGGAUAUAACUUUGUGUGCCACAUGCAGGAAGGGUUGUCUUUGACUAUAGAAAUCGCCGACGUGAAGCCCAGCUAUGCUGACAAGUCCAACUUUGUAGAAUAUGUACGAUGGCCUUUCCUGCUUUUCUUUCUUUGAUGCGGAGUGUAGGUCUGUAGCUCGUGUAAGCUGUUUAUUUAUUUAUUAAGCUCAUUUGUUUGGUGCUCAUUUCUGGUGCAGUCCACCACAGUAAGCCUCAGUGUAGAACCACCACAAAGACACAACCCUGCAUUACUGACAAUCAGGAGAGGUUUGAUUUUGCACGAAGCUUAGACAAGGAAGGAGAGAUGACAAAAAUACACCAAAUCGAUUAUGGCACAUGUGAAUAUAUUAGGUUGUUGUAGGCUAAAACGUACACCAACUGUAGCACAAAACCACCAUGCAUUGCAAUUUGACACAAUGAUAAGGCUCAGUGAAGAACUAA